GUACUGCCUACAUUUGGGGAACAGAAUGUCGUUUAAUUUGCUUAAACACACGCAUAAAGACCAGUCACGUGCACCUUAUACGAGAGCACCUAACAGUAUAAUUGUAUUGGUCCCUUUGAACCCCCACACACUGCGCCCUGAUCUCUCACUCUCGUUUUAAACACAAUCAUAUACAACAUUUUAAUCAUGGAAGUGUGCAAAUGAAGGCUAUAUAUAGAGUGUAUAGGCUUUGUAAAGUACAGAAUGUACUGUAUAUAGGCUCUAUGCAGAGUGUGUAUAGACUAUAUAUAGUGUUUUUGAGCUAUUCAAAGAAUGUAGUCUGAUAAACAUAAAAUAUUUGUAGGCUGUUUAUGUAUAUAGUCUAGAUUUUCAUCUGACAGUUGCAAAGAAUUGGCAUACCCACAGCUCCAUAUUUCAAUGAGUAGAAUUAUGUUAAUGGUAAUAAUGCCCUGAAAACAGCAAAGGCUAUUUAUGGCAGUCAACAUAAAUAUAGAGGCAGUCAUUUCCAAGAUGAAUUAGUUUUAAUGCAAUAUUAUGUUUCACACAUAUUGGUGUCCGUUGAAAAAAUAAACAAAUGUCAUGGUUAGUAUCAUAACUAUGUCCAUUUAUUUCUCCUAAAUGUUAAUUGAAAAAUGUGGUUGCCUUAACAUGUACUUUUCACUCGGUUGUACUUAGCUCAACCCUCUUGUGUUACUGCUGCUUACAAAAAUACAAGAAGGGAACGGCAGGAAACCUCAAUGCCAACGACUAAAACACCAAACGUGAGGCUUCAAAAAUGUCCCCAACAAAGGGCUGCCAACCUCUAUUUCCUGUUCCUGGUGUUACUGAACUGGGUGCCAGUGGUUGAAGCCUUUCAGAAGGAAAUCACCAUGAUUCCUCUGCUGGUGGUUCUCACUGUAAUCGGCAUCAAGGACGCCCUGGAAGACUUCAGACGCUACCUGUUUGACAAGAAGGUCAACAACAAUGUGGUGCGAGUGUUUUGUGGUAAGCAGCAGGCCUACAUUGAGCAGCGCUGGCAGGAUGUGCGAGUCGGAGACUUUGUCUGUCUGUCCUCUAAUGAAAUUAUUCCGGCGGACAUGCUGCUGCUGUAUUCCUCUGACCAGCGUGGGGUUUGUUACAUUGAGACCGCCAACUUGGACGGAGAGACCAACCUGAAACAGAGACAGGUGGUUUCUGACCUCCCGUUGCAGGGAGUAGAGUCCCCCCUCGAGAGCUUCCACAGUCGUAUUGAGUGUGAGAACCCCAACAAUGACCUCAGCAGGUUCAGAGGUUACAUGGAGCACUCCAGUGGGCUCCGAGUGGGCCUCCACAACAACAACCUGCUGCUGAGGAGCUGCACCGUCCGCAACACUGAGACCGUGGUGGGCAUCGUGGUGUACGCUGGUCAUGAGACUAAAGCCAUGAUGAACAACAGCGGGCCGCGGUACAAGCGCAGCCAGCUGGAGAGCCACCUGAACACCGUGGUGCUGUGGUGUGUGCUGCUGCUCUUCGUCAUGUGUCUCACUGCUGCUAUAGGUCACGGCCUCUGGCUAAAGAACCGCAAAGACCCGGUCUUUAAGGUGGAUACGGAGACUUCUCCCGCCCUGGCUGGAUUCUAUGUCUUCUGGACUAUGAUCAUUGUGCUGCAGGUGCUGAUCCCCAUUUCUCUGUACGUGUCCAUUGAGGUUGUGAAACUGGGCCAGAUCUACUUCAUCCACAAUGACCUAGCCCUGUACAACCAGCAGCUGGACUCUAGGAUCCAGUGCCGGGCCCUGAACAUCACAGAGGACCUGGGUCAGAUCCAGUACCUGUUCUCUGAUAAGACAGGAACUCUGACAGAGAACAAGAUGGUGUUCCGCCGCUGUAGUAUCUACGGGGUGGAAUAUCCUCAUGAGGAAAACGCUCGGAGGCUGGAGGUGUAUGAGGCUGACAGGAGUGAGGAGGGGUCCGGUCGCUCGGUGACCCUGCAGUCGGGCCGUAGCAGAUCUCUGAGCUGCAGACACAGCUCCGUGUCUCUGCACACACUCACUGCUGAGGAGGAGGAGGAGGAAGAGGAGCUGACCAAUCACAGCCAGCCCAGCACCAGAGCCUUCUGCAGCCGCGUGGCGAAGGAGGUGCUGCCGGACCCUGAGCUGGUGAGGAAGCUCAACUGGUUCCUCUCCCCUGCGCUGGCUCUGAGUGACGGCUCCUCUGGGGCCUCCUCCAGCCUGGAGCUCACCUACAUCACUGACUUCUUUCUGGCUCUGGCCAUCUGUAACAGCGUGGUGGUGUCCUCUGCCAGCCAGCCGCGACACGUGGUGCGUGAAGAACAGACCCCUCUCAAGUCCCUGGAGGAAAUCAAGACGAUGUUCCAGCGCCUGAGCUUCUCUCCGUUCUCAGCCCUCUCCAUCCUCUCCCCUCCCCAGAUCAAAGCCAGCCCCCACACCCUCGCCCACCGGAUGUUUGCCAGGGGGAAGACCGGCUCGCUGGACUUCCCCCCCCCCAAUAACAGCACCACGGACAAGUCAGAAUCAAGCCUGGAGGGCACCCUGGAAACCUCCAGCCUGAGACCUAAACCGGACCUAUCUUCGAGAGUCAUGGAAGGGAACUCCGGACAGACGGCUGGCAGGGAGGUAAAGGAUGAUGUCAUAGAUUCAAAGACGGACGGGGCCAGGCAGGAUGCGGAGGACUUGACCCUAGAAGAGGAUUGUAAGAGUGAGGCUGAUGAAGAGCUGCUGUACGAGGCGGAGAGUCCGGACGAGGCGGCCCUGGUCCACGCGGCCCAGGCGUACUGCUGCACCCUGAGGGGCCGCUCGGCAGAGAGCCUGACGGUGGAUCUGCCUGGGAUCGGCUCCCUGUCCGUCCCCCUGCUCCACAUCCUGCCCUUCGACUCAGACAGGAAGAAGAUGUCCGUGGUGGUCCGCCACCCGCUCACAGGACAGGUGGUGGUCUACACCAAGGGAGCCGACUCCGUCAUCAUGGACCUGACGGGGGCACCAAAAGGUGCAGAUGAGGCUCAGGAGAUCUACAGACACAUCAGAGAACAAACCCAAAACCACUUAGACAGCUAUGCCAGAGAAGGCCUCCGCACACUCUGCAUCGCCAAAAAGGUUCUGGAAGAAGAGGAGUACCAGGUGUGGCUGAAGGGCCAGCUGCGAGCAGAGAGCAGCAUAGAGAGCAGAGAGGAGCUGCUGAUGGAGUCUGCUCUCAGACUGGAGACCAGCCUCACUCUGCUGGGCAGCACAGGCAUCGUGGACAGACUGCAGGAAGAAGUCCCGGAGACGAUAGAAGCUCUUCAGAAAGCUGGGAUCAAAGUGUGGAUCCUCACUGGAGACAAAAAGGAAACAGCCGUCAACAUCGCCUACGCCUGCAAACUGCUGGGUCCCAACGACCAGCUGCUGACAGCCAGCUGUGGGAGCAAGGAUGCAUGUGCAGCUUUACUCCUGGAGCUCCAGCUGGAAGUGGAUCGCAGUGGGGUACCUGCAGCAGGGAAUCCUGGAACGUGUCGGUCAGGCGGGGGGGCGGGCUUCAUCCUGGUGAUAGACGGCCGGACCCUGGACUGGGCCCUGCAGGACGACCUGAAGGAGGACUUCCUGCUGCUAAGCUGCAGCUGCAAGGCGCUGCUCUGCUGCAGGUCCACCCCGCUGCAGAAGAGCCAGGUGGUGCGGCUGGUCCGGGACCAGCUGGCCGUCAUGACCCUGGCCGUGGGUGAUGGAGCCAAUGAUGUGAGCAUGAUCCAGGAGGCUGAUGUGGGCAUCGGGAUCUCUGGACAGGAGGGGAUGCAGGCGGUGAUGUCCAGUGACUUUGCGAUCUCCAGGUUCAAACACCUGAGGAAGCUGCUGCUGGUCCACGGUCACUGGUGCUACGCUCGACUCGCAAACAUGAUCCUCUACUUCAUCUACAAGAAUGUGAUGUUUGUGAAUCUGCUGUUCUGGUAUCAGUUCUUCUGUGGUUUCUCUGGGAGCGUGAUGACCAACGCCUGGGUGCUCAUCCUCUUCAACCUGCUCUUCACCUCCGUGCCUCCUCUCCUCUGUGGCGUGCUGGACCGACACACUGCCGCACACACACUGAUGCAGCUGCCCCAGCUCUAUAGCGCCUCCAAGGUCUCUGUUCCCCACAUGUUCUGGGUCACAGUCCUGGAUGCCUUUUACCAAAGCCUCGUCUGCUUCUUUGUGCCUUACUGUGCGUUUGCAGGGUCAAGCGUCAGUGUGCUCUCCUUCGGCUCUCCCAUCAACGCCUCCGCCCUCCUCAUCAUCCUGCUGCACCAAGUCUUCGAGAGCCCCACCCUGACGUGGAUCCAUGCCCUGGUGUGGCUGCUCAGCGCUGCCUCCUACUUCGGCUUUGUGCUGCUCUUCGGUUUGUUCUGUGUGACCUGCAGCCCCCCCACCAACCCUCUGGGGGUGGAAACACUCCAAAUGUCUGACCCACUUUUCUACAUCAUAUGUGCCCUUACCACUGUGACAGCGCUGAUACCCAGGCUGCUGUUCCGAGCUCUGUUCAACACUUUACACCCCUCCGCUGUUCUGAAAUCAGCUCAGACGGACAGAGAGGAUUCUGAGAAUUACCGGAGGAAAAUGCAGCGCUGGAAUCAGAGCCGGCCCAAAAACAGGCUGCCAGUGUGUGCAGACAACCCGGGCCUGGAGCCCUGCUCAGACACAGUGUCCUGACACACACACACACACACACACACACACACACACACACACACACACACACACACACACACACACACACACACACACACACACACACACACACACACACACACACACACACACACACACACACACACACACACACACACACACACACACACACACACACACACACACACACACACACACACACACACACACACACACACAGAGCUGACAGUUCAGAAGACAUGCUGGAUGUAAUGAUAAUCAUGUGACCUCCACUCACCAGUUAUUUAUUUAACAAUGAUAAUUUUGCUACAUGCAAGCAACCAAAUAACUUUGGCAAAGAUAAUUUAAAAGAAAAUUGGACACAUUCUUCACUCACAUUUCAGAUGAGUGUGUGUUUAAUAUCUCACCAAGCUUUAUUGAAGACAAUCUGUGAACCAUGACAUGUAGAAUCAUGAAUCUUCUGACAUUUUUCAUAAAUGAGUUUGACCAAACUUCACACUUUGUCAUAUAUAAUAAAUAUGACACAGGGUUUCUUUCGUUUCUUAUUCAGACGUGGUAUGCAGAGUUCACUAAAUGCAUGUGCAGUAAUCAGAAUCAGAAUGUAUGGUAUGAGUCAAAUCACUGUUUAGCUGUAUAUGUUUCAGAUAACUGAGUUAUAGAAUGAGAAAUGAACAACUAUGAAUCAGAAUUUAGCUGUAAUGAGAUUUAAUUUAUUUUUUAACAGAUGGCACUGAUAAUGCUAUCAUACUGGUUGACAUUUCAACACACAGCACUAGCAUCCCAGUGGAGUGCUAUGUGUCCCCCUAUGAAUGUAAGUUGAAUAUGUAUUGGAGCUCUGGUCAAUCAACUGCUGAGAGGAAAAUCUGGCAUUGAAGCCGCUGCUGGAAAUAACCGACUUUGUGUUUAAUUUGUCAUUGCAUUUUGGUGGUGCGCAGGUAGCAUGUGGCUAAAGUUAGCUGUGUGUCUACGUUCUUAAACUAUACAAAUUCGAUAAAAUCGAAAAUCCAACUAACUGCUGUCAACCAAAACACGUGUUCUUCCUCUUUAAGGCUGCAUUUGUAAAUACUCCAAGGGCCCAAGUACACUCUGGUUCAAAGUAAAACAUUGGACAGCGCUGUUGGAAUGUACUUUGGGAUAUUCAUAGCGGCUCACUGUUUGAGCAACAGAGUACCAAGCGCAGUGAAUGUGUGAAAGAUACUUUUUUUGCAAUACUGUUUAACCAAACAGUAAGCUAGUUAGCUCUCUAGCUGGCAUAGGCAUGCAUGUUCUCAAAAUUAGCUAAAGUUCACAGUAGCCUACAUUUUCUUAUUUAUUUUAAUAGCUUGCUACCUAGCUUACGUUUUCUCAACUUUAGCUAACUUUAGCAAUAGCCUACAUUUUAUUUAGUUUCAUAGCCAUAUUGUCUACAGGCUAUAUCAUGUCACAUCAUAAUUGUCUGUUAUGUUGUCAUCCUCGGGCACUCACUAUAUUUUUCACAUUUUUAUUUAAAACAUUCAAACUUACCUGUUGGUAAAUUCAUAUAGACAGGGCCCCUCCCAGAGAUGGGGUCGUUACUAAAAAAAAGUAAUAUAUGACAUAUUACAUAUUACUUUU